CCGUAGAGACCUCAGUUCUUUGGAGGUAGAGAGAGGCGCGCCAGUGUGACAGCAUGGUAACUGAGGAGUAAAACAAGUAAUAAACAUGGUGUUCGAGUCGCUGGUGGUGGACGUCCUGAACAGGUUCUUGGGGGACUACGUGGUGAACCUGGACAGCUCACAGCUAAAGCUUGGGAUUUGGGGAGGAGAUGCAGUGUUAAGAAACCUUGAAAUAAAGGAAAAUGCUCUGAGUCAGUUGGAUAUUCCUUUUAAAGUUCGAGCUGGGCACAUAGGGCGGCUGGAGCUGAAGAUUCCAUGGAAGAACCUGUACACCCAGUCUGUGGAAGCUACGCUGGAUGGAGUUUACCUGCUCAUUGUCCCCGCUGCCAGUAUAAAAUACGAUGCGGAGAAAGAGGAGAAGCAGCUGCAGGAGGCGAGGCAGAGGGAGCUGCAGCGGAUCGAGGAGACCAAACAGAAAGCAGCAGAGAAAGACGACCCCAAGCUGGAGAAGCAGGACACGUUUGUCGAGAAGCUGGUGACUCAGGUGAUAAAAAACCUGCAGGUGCAGAUCUCCAACAUCCACAUCCGAUAUGAGGACCAGGUAACCAACCCCAACUGCCCAUUGUCCUUUGGAGUGUCACUUCAGAACCUCAGCCUUCAGACCGCAGAUGAGAACUGGACUCCGUGUCUGUUGGAUGACAAAGCCAAACUCUUCUACAAGAUCGUUCGUCUGGACAGCCUCUUCGCCUACUGGAACGUGAACUCCGAGCUGUACUCCAAUCACAUGCCGGACGAGGCCCUGAGGUGCCUGAAGGACAGCAUUGCCGUGCAGAACCACAUUCCGCAGGACUAUGACUUCAUCUUCCGGCCGAUCUCGGCCCGGGCGAAGCUGAGGAUGAACCCGCGCUCGGACCUGGACUUCUCAGCGCCCAAAGUGGACCUGGUGGUCAACCUGCCGGAGGUGGCGGUGGAGCUCAACCGGCUGCAGUAUGUGAGUAUCCUGGAGCUUCUGGGGUCCGUGGACAUGAUGUCACGCAACCUGCCCUACAGGAAGUACCGCCCUGACGUGCCCGUGCACACCAACGCCUACCAAUGGUGGCGGUAUGUGAUAACGGGCAUCCUGGAGGUGAACGUGAAGCCGGCGCUGCACAUGUGGUCCUGGAAGCACAUGAGGGCUCACCGCAAGAAGGUCAAGCGCUACCGAGAGCUCUACAAGAUCAAGAUCACCAGCAAGAAGCCCGCGGAGGACGUCCUGCGGGAGCUGGAGGAGCCCGAGAAAACGCUGGACAUCUUCAACAUCACGUUAGCGCGCCAGCAAGCGGAGAUGGAGGCGUCGAAGGCGGGGCUCAGGAUCUACCGGCCGGGGGUGAAGGUGGAGGAGGAGGAGUCCCAGGGCUGGUUCGGGUGGAUGUGGGGCUGGUCCAGCGACAGCACCGCCCCGAAGGAGGUCAAGUCCGGAGGGUUCGAUGAGUUCAUGACCCCUGCAGAGAAGGCCAGGCUCUACACUGCCAUUGGUUACAGCGAGACAGCUGUCAAUCACAACCUGCCCAAGAACUUUGAGGAUAUGAAGAUCAAUUUCCAGUUGAUAAGCAUGUCCAUUUCGAUCAAAGAGAGCAAGAGCAAGCCGGAAAUAAUCAGGCUGGCUGUGAUGGACCUCCGGGCCUUGUUGACACAGAGACCGGGAGCGCAAGCUGUUAAGCUCUCCGCGCAGCUGAACUCGUUCGAGGUGACGGGUCUCCCGCGGAACCGGAGGGCCCCCACCCUGCUGUCGUCCCGCACGGUGGAGCGGGCCAGCAAGGAGCCGCUGCUCAGCGUGAUGUUCGAGACCAACCCGCUGGACGCCUGCGCCGACCAGCGCCUGCACGUGCAGUCCCAGCCGCUGGAGAUCGUCUACGACGCCGUGACGGUAAACAGCAUGUCUGCGUUCUUCAUGCCACCGCAAGAGCUGCAGCUGGACGAGCUGACCUCCGCCACCCUCAUGAAGCUGGAGCAGUUCAGAGACCGCACGUCUACAGGCCUGAUGUAUGUCAUUGAGACCCAGAAGGUUCUGGAUCUGAAGUUGAACCUCAUGGCAUCCUAUGUCAUCGUUCCCGAAACGGGCUUUUAUGAGACCGCCCAGAACCUGGUGCUACUGGACCUGGGGCAUCUGAAGGUGACCAGUAAGAGCAGACAGGAGCUGCCGCAGCUGUGCGCGGGGCGGAACACGCUGGAGGACAUCAUGUCUCGCGCGUACGACAGCUUCGACGUGCAGCUCAGCAGCCUGCAGUUCCUCUACAGCAAAAUGGACGGAGACUGGAAGAGCGCCCGGCACCAGAAGCAGUCGGACCUGCACAUCCUGGAGCCGGUGGAUCUGAAGGUGCUGUUCAGCAGGGCCAUGGUGGUGACGGACUCCAGGAUGCCCAAGUUUAAGGUUUCGGGGGAGCUGCCCUUGCUCUCUGUGCGCAUUUCAGACAGCAAGCUGGGGGGCGUCCUGCGACUGAUUGACAGCAUCCCCCUCCCGGAGAGCCACCCCGCCCCCCGAACCACCCCCAUCCCAGCCUUGCCCAAGCCCCCCCGGCAGUCCUACACCCCCCAGUUGACCCCCAGGAAGCCCCCGAUGGCAGACCUGCGUAGCUCCCUCAUCUUCGAGUCCGGCUCAGAGGAGGAGCUCUUCUAUGAUGCUCCCAGCUCUCCGUUAGACGACAGGCCCAUGUUUGAUUUCCCGAGCGGCGGGCUCCAGCGCUCAGACUCUCAGAAGAGGAAGACUCUGGUGAAGAAGGACCCCAAGAAGAACAUGACCGACUUCCUCCUGACGUUUGAAAUCAGCCAGGUGUUGGUCCAGCUGUGCAGGGUGUCUGAGGGGCGUGAGAUCACUGUUCUGCACCUGGACAUCGAGGGGCUGGGGACCGAGCUGAAGCUGCGCACGUUCGACAUGUCCUCCAACACGUUCCUGAGGGAGAUCUGCCUCAAGUGCCCCGAGUACAUGGAUGGAGAGGAAAAGCCGGUUCACCUCAUCACCACUCUGGACAACACCGAGGAUGACCUUCUCACUCUGGAGUACAUCAAGGCCGACAAGAACGCUCCAGAAUUCAAGACCUUUUACAAGAACACUGAGCAGCUUAUAAAGGUGAAUUUCUCCUCUCUGGAUAUCCACCUGCAUGUGGAGGCUCUGCUCAACGCCAUGAACUUCCUCAACAACCUGAUGCCUCCUCCUAAGAAGGAGGCCCAGGAGGAGCCGGAGGAGUUGCCCACCAUCCUCGAGGAGGAGGAGGAGGGGAAGAAGGAGGAGACCACCAUCGCCAAGAAAAUCACGCCUAAGAAGUCCAAAUUUGAGGAUGUGGUGAAUUUGCACAUCAGAGCGGAUCUGUCCUGUUUGAAGGUGUUCAUCCGGGGGCAGAAGGCACGCAUCUCCGAGAUCAGCAUCGAGGGGCUUGUGUCUGAAGUGCAGAUGAAGAAGAAAGCAGUGGAGAUCUCGGCCAACCUGAAGAACAUCGUCAUACUGGAUUGUGACAAAGACGCCCUAUAUAAGAAGGCGGUGUCCAUCACGGGGAAGGAGGUGUUCGAUUUCCGCAUGAUCAACCACGUGGACGCCACGGAGGGCGACGCCUACUCGGACAUGAGUCAGGUGGACACCAGCGUCACCCUGACCGUGGGCUGCAUCCAGGUGGUCUUCCUCAACAAGUUCAUCUCCACCAUCCUGGCCUUCAUCAAUAACUUCCAGAUGGCGAAGGACGCGGUGGCGGAGGCGACGGCGCAGGCCGCGGAGAAGGCCGCCACGGGCGUGCUGGAGCUGGCCGAGCGGAGCACGCGCAUCUCGCUGGACAUCGACGUCAAGGCGCCCGUCGUCUUCCUGCCGCAGUCGUCCGUCUCCCGCAACGUCAUCGCCGCCGACUUCGGCCUGGUCACCGUGCAGAACCACUUCUACGUGGUGCCGUCCAAGGCGCACGCCAAAAUCCCCCCCGUCAUCGACGUGAUGAAGGUCGGGCUCAGCGACCUCAAAAUGUACCGGACCACGUUUGAGGGGGGGCGGUUCCAGACCGAGAUACAGCUGCUGAAGCCGGUCAACCUGGACCUGUCAAUCAGACGGAACCUCUCUGCAUCCUGGUACCACAGCAUCCCUGACAUCGAAAUCACCGCCCGCCUGAAACCUAUGAGCAUGGUGCUCAGUCAGGAGGACAUGACGGUGGUGUUGAAGACUCUGAGUGAGAAUCUGAGUGAGACGUCCGACGCUGUCCCUCCUCCUCCUCCUCCUGCUACGGAUAAAUCCGACACCUUGUCUGCCAAGGACUCUCAGACGUCCCACCCUGGAGCCAACACCGUGGUGACGGCUGCGGUUGUGGAGACGCAGAAGAGCUCUAAGCUGAAGACCACGCUGAAACUGGACUUCCAGUUCGACUCCAUGACCCUGGUUCUGUACAGCCCGAAUGACAAUGAGGCGCAGCUGCUGGACUUGCGGGCGGAGGAGCUGAAGCUGGCUGAGUUUCGGCUGGGCACCAUCUCCACCGCGGUGCAGAUGUACUCCGACAGCUCCAUGAAGGCGUCCGUCAAGCUGGCCAACUGCAUCCUGGACGACAAGCGGCAGAGGGUCAAAAUGAUCACCGCCAGGAUGCUGGAGAUGAAGCCGGGCUCGGACCGCAGCGUGAUGGUGGAGGUGAACUACAAGCAGGGCCGGGAGGGCACGGUGCUGGACACGCAGGUGCAGGACAUCUACCUGUGCGCCAGCAUGGAGUUCCUGCUCACCGUCGCCGACAUCUUCAUCAAGGCCAGUCAGCAGGGCUUCUCCGCCCCGCCCAAGACCACCAAACCCACCGCCUCCUCCUCCAAGGAGACAGCGCCAGCCCCGCCCGUCGUGGCUAAGACGGAGAUGAACGUGGUGGUGAAGAACCCGGAGAUCGUGUUUGUGGCGGACCUGACCCGGGCCGACGCCCCGGCCCUCGUCAUGACGACGCAGUGCGAGCUGCUGAUGCGCAGCGACCCGGAGGGCCAGAGCAUGACGGCGGCCGUGCGGGACCUGAAGGUGGUGGCGUGCCCCUUCCUGCGCGAGGGCCGGCGGAACAACGUCACCACCGUGCUGCUGCCCUGCCAGGUGUUCUUCCAGAGCACGCAGUCCCCCACCAGCCCCCAGGCCAUGGAGCUCAGCAUCAACUCCCUCACCCUCAAGGUGUCCCCCAUCAUCAUAAACACGGUGAUCACCAUCCAGUCGGCGCUGUCCCCGGCCCCGGAGACGCCCCAGGAGCUGGCCAGCCCCGUCCCGCCCAACCUGUGGGACAGGAAGAGCUGGCAGGAGCUGAAGCUGUGGUUCCUGGAGGAGGACAGCGAGGAGGACGCCCAGAGCCUGGUGCCGCUGGUGCCCCAGGGCGAGUCUCUGCGCAUGGCCAUCAGCUCCAUCUGCCUGACCCUGGAGGCCGGCGUGGGCCACCGCACGGUCCCCAUGCUCCUCGCCAAGUCCUCCUUCCACGGGGACGUCAAGAACUGGAGCACGCUCAUCAACCUGGAGAGCAAGCUCAACCUGGAGGUGCAUUAUUAUAAUGAGAUGCUGGGGGUCUGGGAGCCGCUGCUGGAGCCUCUGGAGGAUGAGAAGAAAGACGGGUUCCGGCCGUGGACCUUGGGGCUCAAGAUGAAGAAGAAGCAGGUGAAACACGAACGUGAGUCGGACGAAGUGGACCACACCGUGCCCGACUACAAGACCGUCAUCUGCAUCAGCUCCAAGGACCAGCUCAACAUCACCCUGUCCAAGUGUGGACUGGGCAUGCUCAGCAACCUGGGCACGGCGUUUGCGGAGGCUGCCAGUCAGACUGCGGAUCACUUCCAGAAGGACGAGGCCCCGCUGGUGGUGAUGAACCGGCUGGGCCUGGCAGUGUCUGUGCUGCACAGCGAGACCUUCAGCCCCAUCGGCACUGCAUCCUCCAACCACCGGGUGGAGCUGCCGGACGGCGAGAGCCUCAACAUGGACUACACCUCCACCACCACCACUGACCAGUUCUCUGCCAUGACCAGCCUGAGCAGCAAGGACUACUUCAUACAGCCUACUCCCGUGGGGCACACGGCGGCCAGCACCAUCCCGCUGAUAAAGGUGGGGCGGAGUAUGUUCAGCGUCGUGCACAAGGACUCGGGCGUGACCCGCUACCUGGUGUGCCAGAUCUACUCUGCGGAGGGCAGCAAGUACGUCAAGAUCCGCUCCCCGUUCCAGAUGAUAAAUUACUUCUCCAUCCCGUUCCGGGUGUUUGAGGGAUCCACGCUGCUGGGCAUGGCGUUGCCCAAAGAGGAGUACUGCAUCCCCCUGGGCUCCUACAGGUCGGUGCUCAGCCUGCAGCCUGUAACAGAGACUGAGGAAGAGUAUGAGGUGUCGGAGGGCUUCAGCUACGAAGGCUUGACCAAUCACACGGGCCAGUGCGUGCAGCAGACCUGCCGUCGCUCCGGCAACCCCGACUGCGUCAUGAUGAUCAACAUGGUCCCGCAGAAGGACCUGCUCACCUGCCACGGUUCCCACGGCAGCGAGGACGCCUUCGACGAGCCCUACAUCCUCCAGCUGUGGCCCACCGUCCUGCUCCGGAACCUUCUGCCCUACCCACUGACCUUCUCCCUGGAGGAGAACGGAGACCACGCCCCCAGCACGCUGCAGGCGGGCCACUCUGCGCAGCUGCACCUGGCCAUCGUGGACCGGUCGCGGCUGCGCCUGCGUCUGCGCGACUACCUGACCCAGGACUGGCAGGGCGAGUACCGGCUGCAGACCGGCCAGGACGAGAUCGCCUUCACCGUCUUCCGCUCCGUCGCCCCCGACGACGGGCUGCCGGGCGCCGAGGGGGUGGAGCUGGACAUCGCCGUGCACGUGACCUACGACCCCGGCCAGACGGUGGUGGCGGUGCACUCCCCCUACUGGAUGGUGAACAAGACGGACCGGCUGCUGCAGUACAAGGCCGACGACAUCCACAGGAAGCACCCGCGCGACUACGACAAGCCCCUCCUCUUCUCCUUCAAGCCCCGCAACUUCCUGCAGAACAACAAGGUGCGACUCAUGGUGUCGGACAGCGAGCUGUCGGACGACUUCUCCCUGGACACCGUGGGCAGCUACGGAGACGUGAAGUGCAAAGGUCGCGUGAAAGAUUACCUGGUGGGGGUAAAGAUCGACGCCAGCAGCUUUAGUCUGACACGCAUUGUGUCCUUUGUGCCAUUCUACCUAUUGGUGAACAAAACCAAGCACACCAUCAGAGUGAGCGAGGAAGACGAGGAAAACUGGACCGAAGCCCCACCGGACCAGGUGGCAGUGCCGUUCUGGCCCGAGAGGGACAGUAAGAAGCUCAAGGUGAAGGUGGAGGGCUGCCACUCCACCCCCCACACCGUCAACUUCCACAAACAGGAGAACUGCCUGCUGCUUCACCUGGACAACACGCUGGGCGGGAUUAUCGUGGACGUGAACCUGACGGAACAUUCCACCGUGAUCCGCUUCUCCGACUACCACGACGGCGCCGCCCCCUUCCUCAUCAUCAACCACACCAAGGCACAGACCCUGGAGUUCUACCAGAGCACGCAGAAGGAGAAGGACGAGCUGGGGCCCGGGCAGGCGGUGUACUACACGUGGGCGGAGCCUGCCGGCUCACGCACGCUCAACUGGAAGUGCGGGAACCACACGGGAGAGCUGCGCACCGAGGAGGAUUUGCAGCUGGAUGUGGACGGGAAGGGGAACCUGUUCCUGGUCUCCUUCUACGAGGGCCUCCAGCGGGUGGCGCUGUUCACGGAGGACAGCCGUGUCUACAAGCUGCUGUGGGAGAGCGAGAAGGUCGAGCCGGCUGAACAGGAAGUGGUCCUGUCCCUGCAGGAGGUGGGGGUCUCUCUGGUCAACAACAACACCAGCCAGGAAGUCUCCUACAUCGGCAUCACUAGCUCUGAUGUGGUGUGGGAGUCGAACGCGAAGAAGAAGUCUCGCUGGAAGCAGAUGAGCCAUAAGGACGCGGCUCAGCUGGAGCGCCACUUCCUGGAAUACAUCGAGAACAGCCCAGUGGACAACCUGAUCCUGGACCUGGAGAAUAACAUGCAGGUCUCCCUGACCCCCAGCGGUAAAGGAAUGAAAGUCCUGCAGCCGUACCUGUCGGACCUCAGGAGGAACUUCCUGCCGGGGGUGAAGGUGGAGUACAGCGUCUCCGCCCGCCAGAGGGCCUACCGGGUUCAGAUCAACCGCAUCCAGAUCCAGAAUCAGCUGCCCGGAGCCAUCUUCCCCUACGUAUUUUACCCCAUCAAACCCCCCAAGUCCGUCACCAUGGAAUCAGAACCCAAGCCCCUGACUGACGUCAGCAUUGUCACCAGAUCUGCUGGCCAUUCGGACAUUUCCAGAAUCAAAUAUUUCAAGGUUCUGAUUCAGGAGAUGGACCUGAAGCUGGAUCUGGGCUUUCUGUAUGCCAUCAUGGACCUGUUCACCCCGGAGAACGUCGGCAUUAUUUCAUCUGAGCAGGAGGUGGAGCUGUUUGAGAAGGAUAUCGAGUAUCUGAAAACUGAACUGAAUCAUGCCUCUGCCACCGACACAUCUCCCAUCAGUCUGUAUGAGUACUUCCACAUCUCCCCCAUCAAACUGCACCUGAGCUUCUCCCUGAGUUCGGGGGGGGACGAUGGCAAUAAGGAGAAGCGGGAGACGGAGGUCAUACCGGUGCAGUCCCUCAACCUGCUGCUGAAGAGCAUCGGCGCUACGCUAACCGACGUGCAGGACGUCGUCUUUAAGCUCGCAUUCUUUGAGCUGCAGUUCCAGUUCCGCACCACACAACAGCUCCAGUGGGAGGUCAUCAGACACUACUCCAAACAGGCCAUUAAGCAGAUGUACGUUCUGGUUCUGGGGCUGGAUGUUUUGGGGAACCCCUUCGGCCUGAUCCGGGGGCUCUCUGAGGGGGUGGAGGCCUUCUUCUACGAACCUUACCAGGGUGCUAUCCGAGGUCCGGAGGAGUUUGCGGAGGGCAUGGCUCUGGGAGUGAAGGCGCUGGUGGGCGGUGCUGUGGGGGGCAUUGCUGGUGCUGCCUCCAGGAUCACGGGGGCCAUGGCGAAGGGAGUGGCUGCCAUGACGAUGGAUGAGGAAUACCAGCAGAAGCGGCGGGAGGCCAUGAACAUACAGCCAAGCGGUCUGAGGGAGGGUCUGACCCGCGGCGGCAAGGGGCUGGUCUCCGGUUUUGUUAGUGGAAUCACAGGAAUCGUCACCAAGCCCAUUAAAGGAGCGCAGAAGGAGGGUGCGGCCGGGUUCUUUAAGGGGAUGGGGAAGGGGCUGGUGGGAGCAGUGACACGCCCCACGGGGGGCAUCAUCGACAUGGCCAGCAGCACCUUCCAGGGGAUCAAAAGGGCGACGGAGACGUCUCAGGACGUGGAGAGCCUGCGGCCACCGCGGUUCUUCCACGAGGACGGAGUCAUACGCCCGUAUAAGGAGAGGGAGGGCGUCGGCAGCCAGAUAUUACAGAGAAUUGAAAAUGGAAGAUUUGCCAAAUAUCGAUACUUCGCUCAUGCCAAGGUGAACGAAUCCGAUUUCCUGAUGAUCACUAAAAGCUGCAUAUUCUUCGUGACGAAAGGAACGUUCGGGCAGCUGACCUGCGAGUGGCAGUACUGCUUUGACGAGUUCACCAAAGAGCCAAUCAUCGUUGAGGGGAGGAGACUGCGGAUUGAAGCCAAGGAGAGAGUCAAGUCCGUGUUCCAUGCCAAAGAGUUUGGGAAGAUCAUUAACUUCAAAACUCCAGAAAUAGCCACGUGGGUUCUGGCCAAGCUAGAAGACGCAAGGGAGAGCCUGCCAAAAUACUGACCAGUGACUUCACGCCACCCAUCUCACACGACUCAACACAAACCACGAUGACCCAAUAGGACCCAAUCAAAAUGGCCUGACACGACCCAGUACAGCUCGACGCUGAAAAACACAACCCGGUGUGAUCCAUGACAAGCAAAUAAGAGCCAAAAGAAGUCCGUAGAAUCCAGUACAACCCUGGUUGAAUUUGCCAGGACCCAGUAAGAUGCAAUUAGACCCAACACAACAUAUUAUGAUCCAGUAUGAGCCAACAUGACAAAGAGUGGCUCCAACCAAACCACUAGAAUUACAUUCAACUUAACAGCUUGACCCAGAAUGACCCAACAAGGCUACACAAAAUUAUGCAAUCCAACGUGGUUUAAUACAACCCAGCACAAAGAAAAUGACCCUGUUUAGUUCAACCAUGACCCUACACAUAUACUCUACAAAAUGCAAUGCAGCCAGUGUCCUGGAGAUGGCGCUAUUGAGCAUAUCCCCACAUUCUCUCUCAGUGCCUUUAGUCCCUAAUGCAUGGAAGCAGAUCUGUUGUGCUGAAGUAUUUAGCAGUCUGCAGAUGAUUUGUUUGUACAAACUUGUUUGCUGUCCAAUAGGAGUAUCUCCUGUGCCUCAAGUUUAUAUUUUUAUUUUUGAAUUCUCUCCUUUUUUUGGGGGGGUUUCUUUUCUUUUUGUGAAGUGGCAGGUGCUCUUGGGCUGAUUGAGAACAGAGGGGUGUGUGACAGUACCCCCCCCCCUUUAACCUCGCGUGGUUUAACCAAGACCAUGAUCUUUUGCAAGGACAGGACUGUUACACGGAGACUUUUCAGUCAAGUGCCAUGGCCCCCCCACCUGUACCUGUGAAAGUGCCACGCCCAUUCCCCUCAUCCUUCAUCUGUCCGCAGUUGUGUUUUUCUACGGAGGACUUCUUACUGCCAGUUGUCUCGUGACCUUCUGCUACCCGCCGAGCUCUGUUUCCGCCCUCCAAACUCACGGCACGGCACGGCACUCAGAAAGAAGUGGGUUGCCUUGAAGAAUGGCUGCAGUGUUUACUUCAAAACUGGGCAGUGUCAGUUUCAGGAGCAGAGUGCCGCAGUGCCCGUAUGCAUCCGCAGGGGUUACAUUCCAAACGGCCAUGAAAUGAACAUUGACAUCGUGCAAAUCUGUGAUUCAGGCAAAUGUGGCAGUUGUUCAAUCUAAUGCAGCUUCUUAUCUUGGCUCCAUGGGUUUGGACUGUUGGGAUCGAGCGCCCAGAAAGCGUACUGCUCACUGCUGGGUGUGUGAGGAUUUGUGAGGGAGAAAACUCAGUAACCCACUAAAAGCAGAGUAAAGAUGAAGUUAACUGACAGAUCUGGUGGCUUAUGGCCCUCAGCUUGGGCUGUCUGGAGAUGACUGCCAUUGAUCUAUAGUGGAAGCCAUUGUGCUUAGUGGGAGCCAUUUUGCUAAGUGGAAGCCAUUUUUCUUGGUAGAAGCCAUUGAGCUUUUGUGCAAGCCGUUGAGCGUUUGUGGGAGCCAUUUUGCUUAGUGUAAGCCAUUGAGCUGUGUGUUCAUAAAGCCACAGGGAAAGGACAUGGUUUUCAUCUCAAUGUGUUUGGCCGUGAUACCCGAGGUUUGGGCGUAGUAACCAUAGUAACCAUAGUGUUACCUGAACCCAGAAUCAGAGACAUGGACGCCCCAUUCCAAACACAUACCUGUACCAACAGGAGUGGAAAUACACUCAUUCACACAUAUUCUCUCUUACACACACUCACAUACACACACACAGAAGCUCACAUACACACACAAGUUCACAUAUACACACAUCCACACGCACAAUCACAUUCGCUCACAUAGACUCACGCUCACAAACACGCUCACACAUACUCACAUGCCUCACGUACACACUCUUGCUCGCUCUCAUACACACAGACAGACAUUAAUACGAACACAUACACACACUUAUACACACUCCUAAACACACAGCCACAUAUACUCAUUCACAGGCACGUACACUAACCCACCCACACACAUAUUUGUGCUCCUGCAUGCAAAGUCUGGAAGUUUCCGGUGUCUAAUCUGCAGAAGCAUGUUAUUUUUAUAUUUGCGUAGAAAUUCCGACUGUACCAUACUGGGUUAACCCCCAACCUGCUGUGUGCUUUUACGACACUACGUGUAUAUAAAUAUUCAACUGUAGACUGCCAGGGUAUGGAUCUCACUGCAUAACACUAGUAAGUGGCUGUUGUCAUGGUUUUAGUGCACCUGGCGUCGACUUGAGUGGUGCUUUGCAAUGGAACAGCGAUGGUCAGUGAGGAAGAGGAGGGUGAAUACCUGAACCAUGCAGGGUUCACUACCUGCCAGUAAUCAGCCACAGGAAUCCGCUUUUUAAAUUUCUAGAUUAAAUGAAAGCACUAGAUAUAUUGAGUGAUAUGUUGGCUUACAUGAAGAAUGUUGUAUUGUCAGCCGGUGGAAGAGAAAAUAUGGCAAUGCUUAAAUUAUUAUUCCACGACCACGAUUUUUACAAUAAAAAAAUGAAAGUGUCU